AUGCGUUUCAUCACUCUCGCCCUCGCCGCUCUCUUCGCCGGCCUUGUCUCCGCUGAAGACUGCGUUAAAGGCCAUACCGAGUGUGGUGCUGGCCCAGCCGCUGCCAACACCAUCAUGGUCUGCGGUGAAGACGGCAUUCCCACCCCCGUCACUACCUGCACCAACGGCCAGACAUGCCAGAACGUUGGCCCCAACAACGGACCUACCUGUGCUUAA